AUGCACGCCCAGAGCCCGUUCCCUGUCCCCCUCAGCGCCAACCACAACCCCAAGAAGCCCCAGGCCAUCCCUGUUCCUGGCAGCAAGAAGUCGGGCAGCACCGCGGUCUACGUCAACGUCGAGAACCCCAAGUGGCGAGCCGGCCUCGCGUUCCCCACCUCCGCCUACGACGUCUUCAACCUCGGCCUCGAGCACCACGCCAAGGACAACUGCCUCGGUGCCCGCGCGUGGGACCCGACCGUCGGCGACUGGGCCAAGGAGCUCACGUGGGACUCGUUCGAGGCCGUCGACGGCCACCGCACCCGCAUCGGCAGCGGCCUCGCCCGGCUCCGCGAGACGCUCUUCCCGGACGAGAACGUGCGCCAGUGGAAGGUCGGCAUCUGGGCGUCCAACCGCCCCGAGUGGCAGUACGUCAACCAGGCGUGCAGCGCCCAGGCCCUCACCGUCACGUCGCUGUACCCGACCCUCGGCGCCGACGUCGUCGAGUUCAUCUGCAACCACGCCGAGACGCGCGUCGUGUUCGCCAACCCGGUCCACAUCCCCGACCUGCUCCGCCUCGCGCCCAAGCUGUCGAGCGUCAAGGCCAUCGUCAGCCUCGACGCGUGGAGCGCCCUCGAGGGCAAGGGCAACCGUCCCGGCAUCCAGUCGGGCGCCGCCAUGAAGCAGUGGGGCGGCAGCGUCGGCAUCACGGUCCUCGACCUCGUCGAGCUCGAGGCGCUCGGCGUCGCUCAUCCCAAGCCGCACUCGCCGCCUACGCCCGACGAGCUGUGCGUCAUCUGCUACACGAGCGGCACGACGGGCAACCCCAAGGGCGCCAUGCUCACGCACCGCAACAUCUCGGCCAUCGUUACCUCGUCCGAGCACGGCCACGAGAUCCGCGAGGGCGCCGUCCUCCUGUCGUACCUCCCGCUCGCCCACGUGUACGAGUUCUUCGUCGAGGAGAUCUGCAUCGCCGCCGGCGCCAGCAUCGGCUACUCGUGCGGCGACAACCUGCGCCUGCUCGAGGACUUUGCCGUCACCAAGCCGACGACGGUCGUCUCGGUCCCGCGUGUCCUCAACCGCGUGUACCAGGGCAUCAAGGCGCAGACGGUCGACGCGCCCGGGUUCAAGGGCUCGCUCGCGCGCAAAGCGUUCGCCGACAAGCUCGCCAACCUGCGCACGACGGGCCAGGUGACGCACGCCGUGUGGGACCGCAUCAUCUUCAACAAGGUCAAGAUGCUCCUCGGCGGUCGCGUCGAGUCCAUGUCGACCGGCUCGGCGCCCAUCAACCCGGACGUUCUCGACUUCCUGCGCGUCGCCUUCUGCUGCGAGGUCUACGAGGGUUACGGCCAGACCGAGACGUCGGGCUGCACCAACCGCUGCUACCCGCACGACCAGUGGUCCGAGGGCUCCGUCGGCCCGCCCAUCGCCGGCGUCCAGAUGAAGCUGUGCGACGUGCCCGAGAUGGGCUAUUUCUCGACCGACAAGCCGUGGCCCCGAGGCGAGAUCUGCGCAAAGGGCGCGAGCAUCAUCCCGGGCUACUACAAGGACGAGGUCAAGACCAAGGAGCUCAUCGACGACGAGGGCUGGCUCCACUCGGGCGACGUCGGCACCGUCGACGACCUCGGCAGGUUCCGCAUCAUCGACCGCGUCAAGAACCUCGUCAAGCUCAGCCAGGGCGAGUACGUCGCACUUGAGAAGGUCGAGAACACGUACCUGCUUUGCCCGCUCCUCUCUCAGCUGUACGUCCACGGCGACGGCCUCAAGGACCACCUCGUCGCGAUCGCGGUCGUCGACCCCAACACGUUCGCUCCUCUCGCCUCCAAGGUCCUCGGCCGCCAGAUCGCCCCGACCGACCUCGCUGCGCUCGACGCCGCCGCCAAGGACGAGAAGGUCAUCCAGGCCGUCGCCGUCGCGCUCGCCAAGUACGCUCGCGACGCCAAGCUCGUUGGGUUCGAGCGCGUCGAGGACAGCAUCCACCUGCGCAUCGAGCCCUUUGCGCCCGAGUGCAUCACGCCGACGUUCAAGACCAAGCGCAACGUCGUUGCCAAGCUGUACGCCAACGAGCUCUCGGCGCUGUACGCAAAGGCCGACGGCAAGGCGCGCGCCCGUCUCUAG